AACGGCCUCGGAACCGUCGGCGGCAUCGAGUCAUCCUCCGCCGACAAAGCUUUCAACAUUUUGGCAUCGCUCGGCAACUUAGCGUUUGCAUUUGGGUUCGUCGAGAUCAUUAUGGAAAUUCAAGACACCCUUCGCCAGCCGCCGCCCGCAACACCGACAAUGCGGAAAGCAAUAAACAUUGGCGUGAGUAUGGCGGGCACUUUUUACCUCCUGUCCAGCGUGGUGUGCUACCUAUCAUUCGGCAAUGAUGUUCCCGGCAAUGUGCUGGAGGGCUUC